AUGACUAAUACUAAAAUUCCUACAAUUCAUAUAUUAGGGCUUGGUGCUAUGGGCACUGUAUUUUCCAUUGAUUUAGCUAGAUACACUAAUUCCAAAAUCAUUCCAUUAUUUAGGAAUAAAUCACGUCUAUUACAAUUUCAAAAUGAAAAUAAUAAUCAAAGCCAGUUGAAAAUACGUAAAAUUUAUUUACCUGAAUCACCAAUAAUUAGUGCUAAAUUCAAUGAUGGUCAAUGUCCCGAGACCUUUUCCAAACAGUUUAUUAAUAAUCUUGUCAUCACCACAAAGACUUACCAAACAAAGGAAGCAUUAGAACCUUAUUUACCGUAUAUUAAUUCCAAGACAAAUCUUAUUUUAAUUCAAAAUGGGUUUGGUGUACUUGAUGUUUUAAGAGAUGAAGUUUUCAAUAAUGUCAAAGUUACGGAUAGACCAACAGUUUUCCAAGGUGUAAUUUCUCAUGGGGUAUUCCAAGAUUCAAAAGAUCCAUAUCUUUUCAUUCAUGCUGGGCAUGUUGGGAUGAAAGUGGCUAAAUUACCAUGGGAGAUUAAUGAUGAAAUUUUCCAAAAUGAAACUCAAAUUAAUACAAUUAAAUCCAAUAAUGAAAUGAUUGAAUUAUUUACUAGUGAACCGUUUGCCAAAGAAUUUGGAUUAGAAUUUUUAACUUAUCAGGAAAUGCUAUUGGGACAAAUUUCUAAAUUUUUAGUUAAUUGCUGUAUUAAUCCGAUAACAUCGAUUGUUAAUGGUAAAAAUGGUGAAAUUGGAAAUGGUUGCUCUGAUAUUUUUAAAUUAAUUGUUAUUGAAUCUUUAAAAGUUUUAGAAUUAGAAUAUAAAGAAUUAUUUGAAUAUGAAUCAAAAUAUAACGAUAAAAUCGGUUAUCCUAAAUUAUCAGUUAAUAAAUCCUUUGAAAUCGAACCAUUAGUAGAAAGUAUUAUUAAUACUGGUUGUAGAUUAAAUGGUGAAAAUAGUAGUUCAAUGAGACAAGAUACUUUAUAUUUAAGAGAUAUUGAAAUUGAUUAUAUUAAUGGAUAUAUUAUAAAAUUAGUGCAAAAGCAUCAAUUGAGUGAAGAUUAUUGUAAAAUUAAUGAAAGUAUCUGUGCCUUGGCUAAAUUAAGAUUAAUAAUGAAUAGAGAAAGAGCAGCCAAAGGAAUUGACGUUAAACAAACUCUUUAA